AUGAGGCGACGUCGGUGUCCGAGUCUGUUGUUGUUGUGCUUCCAUCUUCAGUCCAUCGUCCUGUUCCUGUUUGCCGUGAUUUGUGUUUCAUAUGGCAGCGAGAAUACAACGGCCAGUACAGUGGAGCUAAUAGUAUCGUCGACACAUGGCCUGGAGACCAUCAGUAGCAGAUUCGACGACCAUUUCAAUAUUGAUGCAGCCAAUGGUUUGUUUUGUAAAAUUUUGAAAAACUAAUUUUAGAAAAUAAAAAAUACUAAAAAUAGCAUUAUCUACCUCAGUUUACCUUUAUUUCCGAGGUUAGUUUACUUUUGCUACCAAAAAAUCAAGUGUUCUUAGUCUUAACCUCAUUCACACCUAAUCUCUUCAGAAGAAGACCUGAACAUCUACAAACUCUACUUGGAAGCGCGAUUAGAGAAAGUGAAAAAAGCUCAGAAACAGGCUCCAAAUGGAACUGUGAAGGCUCCAAAAUCGAAACGCUUUAUUCCCUUGCCCAUAUCGGCGUCUCUUCCUGAUCACGGAUCGGAUUAUGUGCGCUCUCGAGUUGCUGUUGUCGCUAAACAAAGCGACGAAAGUGAAAACGAGCCGGAUGAGCAAAAACUGAAGGAAGGUUCCGACGCCGAGAAACCGAUCAACAUUGUCGAGUCAACAUCGCCACCUGACGCCAAUGAGAGCUGGACCUACGUCAACAAUUCCACCGAGCUGGAGGUAACUACUACCGGUUCGGGCGACAGUAAAAUACCACAGGAUGGUGAAGAUAAUACAAAAGAAAGUAAAAGUUUACAAGAUAAUGCCAAUGAUGAGAACAAGAAUAAUGCAGAAAAUACGGAAGAAAAUGAAAUAAAUAAUCAGAGUAAACCGGCUGAGAACAUACCGCAAGAAGAUCCAAAAGCAGAGCUUCCAAAAGCAUCAGAAGCACAACGAUCGCACAUUCACCAUCCCAAAGCGUUUGCCUCCUCCACCGUCCACUUCUCUCGCUCGGAACCGUUUAAUCCGACUGUAAGUUGGAGUAGAACUGUAAAAAACAUUGAUAUAACAAAGAUUUAAAUUUUAAUUUUUGAGCGUUAUUUUAAAAUAGAGAACAUUUGAUUCAAAAAAGCGUAAAACGUUUAUUGUCUAUGAUUAAUAAAAUUGAUUGAAAAAAUAAUAUUUAGAAUAGUUUCAGCAAAAUCACACAGCAGAAGAAUGCAAACAGCUAUCACAGCGAGAACUAGUAAAAGAACUGAAACAGAAAGGUACCUACAAUCCAGAUCUAAUGGCAUGGGAUGCCACUGGGGUUUUUCGUUUCCUUGACCGGUCGAUUCUAGACCAAUAUGAUGUAAGUCAACGCUUUUUCGUCAAUUUCUGGAUUUUCAAGCUUUUUUAUUUUAUUUUUUUUAAUUUGCAAAGUUUUCGUUUUAAAAUUCAAAAAAGUUGGGACUAUUUUUGAUGGUGAAUUUGUAGCGCCAAGCUAAAGCUCAAACCUCAAAUCAACAAGCCGUCGAACGGAAUAUAUUGGCUUUGGAGAGAAUAUUAUCUGAACUCAAUCUCAAAUGUCAGGUCAGAUCGCCGGAAGUGUUGUCAAAGAUCAGCAACCUUACAGUGUGAGUUUUUACUUUUUAUGUCAAUUUAGAAAUAUUUUUUUCAUCUUCAUUUUUGUUUUUUCAUAAAUAAUUUUAAAAAUAUGCAUGACAUUGCCUUCGGCCUGAGAUUUUGAUACCUAUUUAUAUUCUUUUAGUUACUUUUUUUCCUCAAAAUUGUUCUUAUGAUCCGUUAUUAUCCAAAUAUCUUUUAAAUUAUAAUAUUAGUCCAGUAUACUAAUUUCCAAACAAACAUUCACCAUGAUGUUUAUUCAGAUUCGAGCCUCGUCGCACCGUUGUGUCACCUUCAUUACGAAUGAACGAUGAAGAAAUAACCAGAUUCAAGCGAAACUCAGCCGACGAUCUCUUGAAGACCUUUAAUCUCUCGCGAAGUCAAGAUUCCACCGAUGAAAAUCAUCAGAAGUUGGUGGGCGAGGUUCACGUCGUACCGUUCGGAUGUGACAAACGAGGCGAACGUGAGGAUGGCUACUUGAGGUUGUGUGGGGCGUGCCAGGCGAUACGAAAGUUGCCAGAUUCCUUCUUUCCGCCUUUUAUCAAUGAGGUUAUGUGUGAUGAGGACAAAAGUUGCCUAUACUUUUAUGAUUACCGUGAGUUGGUUUGUGACAGUAUAUUAUUGUAAACGUUUUUUAAUAAAAUUGGUGACAAUAGUAAUUUUAAAUGAAUUAAUUACCGGCCAAAUGUCUAGAUAGAAUUACUCGUAAUUUUAAAACUUUUAGCUCACGGAAAAUGUAAACAAAAGCACAUGAACUUCGUCGUGCUACGUAACGUUGGGACUCCACAAUGUCAAGUCUGGCAAAAGUUUAAUUUAAACGUUCGAGUUUCAUGUGAAUGUUUCGUAGGUGAGUUCACGGGUUUGUUUAACCAACUCCUACUGAUAAUAUCAAAAUUAUAAACCAAAAUAGUAUUUGAUCAAAGCAACUCUUAAAAUAUUCAUAUCAGACCAUAAUAUAUUUAAUAAUAUUAAAACUCUAUAACAAUAAGAAUAAUUUAAGAUGAAAUGUCAUUCUUCUCCAAGUACGUGUAA